AUGCCGUCCUCUUCCUCAUCUGCUGCAAAUACACCGCCGGCCGGCACAUUGUCUGAGGACACUCUGAGCGACAUGGCGGCGGAGGAGCUCCGUCCUGGUGAUACAGUUGAGUUUGGCGUGUCGCGGAUUUCCUCGGUCCGCGUCGAGGAUAUGCAGCAACUUGGAUAUUUUGGUGGUGGAGUGGGGCAUGUUCUGGGGGCGGAGGAGAAUAUUGCUGUUGUUGUGUCGGCAGUGAUGAACAAGGACCGUCAAGACGAUGCGCAGAAGCGCCGAGCGGUCGUCAGGAUCGCAGAUCCUAGGCGUGAGGCGAAGAGGGCGUGGGGGAGCGCGAAGGUUGCCGCCUCCGGCAGUAGCCAGCCGAUGCCGGCUGCGAAACCGGUAGCGCCUGGAUCCAGCAAGGCGUCGGCGAGCGCGAAGACUGUCGCCUCUGGCGGAACCAAGCCUCCCCCGGGUGGAUCCGCGAAAGGACGGGAGCUGCCUUCGCCGGGGAGACGUGUUGGCGACUUCAGCACGGACAUCAGUGUCGAGGCAGCCGACUUUGCCGACCGCGUGGCGUCGGGUGUCCUGACUGCAGAUGUGGCUGUCGAAGUCGAGAGACUUCGGGCGCAGCACGCGGAUGCCGUUCGGGAGAGGUCGACGACGGAAAGCAAGAACCGCAGGCUGGCGGAGAAAAUGGAGCGUGCUGAGGACGUCGAGGACUUUGGAGCUCUGGACGGCGCGCCGCCCGAGGCUACGGACGUCAAUCUGGUGCUGCCCUCGGGUGUUGGUGAAGGCCUCUCGGCUGUGCCCAUGCCUACUGUGGAUAUGUUCCAGACUCAGGCUAGGACUGAAAGGUUCAAUGUGUCCAAAGCCUUUCUGGAAUGCAAGCUAGCAGAAGGCGCAACAGUUGGGCCACACGUAAUCAAAAUGGUUGGUUACAGUCAGAGGUUGGAGAAGCUAGGCUUCCCAAUAAGCCAAGAGUUGGCCACUGACUUCAUUUUGGCAUCUCUUCCGCCCAGCUAUGGAAACUUCAUCACGAACUACCAUAUGCAUGGGGCGGAGAGGGGCCUCAAUGAACUAUGUGGCAUGCUGAAAACUGCAGAGGGGGACAUAAAGAAAAGCGCUGGCAGCAGCGGCCAUGUGAUGGCGGUCCAAAACAAACCCAACUUUAAGAAGAAGGGUAAAACUCAAAAGAAGAAGGGCAAGGCAAAGGAUACAGUAUCCAAGCCAAAUCAAAAGCCUAAGGCUGGACCAGCUGCAGAUGCAGAGUGCUUUUAUUGCAAAGAACUUGGUCACUGGAAAAGGAAUUGCAAGCAGUACUUGGCCUCUAUUAAGGAUCACGGCGAUCGUGGUGGUGAAUAUUUGAGUCAUGAGUUUAGCAAUCAUCUAAAGAGUUGUGGAAUUGUUCCACAGCUUACGCCGCCUGGAACGCCUCAGAGGAAUGGCGUGUCUGAGCGACGUAAUCGGACUUUAUUGGAUAUGGUUCGAUCAAUGAUGAGCCAGUCGGACCUACCUUUGUCGUUUUGGGGAUACGCUCUAGAAACAGCAGCUUUCACACUAAAUAGGGUACCAUCUAAGUCCGUAGUUAAGACACCAUAUGAGAUGUGGACUGGGAAGACUCCCAGUUUGUCUUUUCUGAAGAUUUGGGGUUGUGAGGUUUACGUCAAGCGACUACAGUCGGAUAAACUCACUCCAAAAUCGGACAAGUGCAUGUUCGUGGGAUAUCCAAAGGAAACUUUAGGAUAUUACUUUUACCACCGGUCAGAGGGAAAAGUGUUUGUCGCCCGGAACGGUGUGUUCUUAGAGAAAGAGUUUCUCAAAAGAGAGAAAAGUAAACAAAAGGUGUAUCUUGAAGAAGUUCAGGAUGAGUCAGUGGGACAAGAUUCAACAAGUGAUGCUAAUGUAGCAGAACAAGUUGAGACGUCUAUGGCAAGAGAAUCACCACCACAACCACGAAGGUCAGCAAGGCUUCGCGAGGCACGAGGAGAAGUGCUAUUGUUGGGCAAUGGGGAAGUGUUGUUGUUAGACAACGACGAACCUGCAACAUAUUCAGAAGCGAUGAUGGACCCAGAUUCCGAGAAAUGGCAUGUCGCCAUGAGAUCCGAGAUAGAUUCCAUGGGAGAAAAUCAAGUUUGGAACUUGGUUGACCCGCCUGAUGGUGUUAGACCUAUAGAAUGCAAAUGGAUCUAUAAGAAGAAGAAAGACAUGGAUGGAAAUGUUCACAUCUAUAAGGCU